CAGGUCAUUUGCUGCAACCUUUGCAUUGCACUGCCUUUGUUUUUCCUCGUGUAUUACAUGGUGGCUUCUUUGCUAAGUGGAGCCUUCAAGUAAGCUUAAGCGUACGUGUUAAGUGUCAGAUGAGAUGAUUCGGGACGUUUCAUUCUUAAUCCGAUCCCCCCUAUGGAUGAGUGGACUACCAGUCGAGACAGAUUCCUACAAGUCAGGCGUGAAAAAAUAACCGAUUCCUGCAAGUCGAGCAUGGGAAGAAAAAACGGAUCCCUACAAUUGACCGAUUACUACACUAAAGGUCUCGUACGGACAAAUAAACGAUUCCUACCGGCCGCGUAAAUAAUGGUGCAGAUUCCUACUGGUCAAAGAAACGGAUAUGCAAACUGUUAAUCUCUAUAGUAUAUUCCUACAGGCAAGGUGAUAAGAUAGAGUGAAGAUUCCUAUCGGUCUGGGAAAGAAACAUCUGCACUGAAAUACCUCAUGCAUUGGGGGAAGGUGAGAGGGGGGGUUAGAUUAAAAAUGGAACGUGCCCUCGGUCGAUGUUUAUCAAGAUAGGUUAAGUAUUUUUUUCUUCUUUAAUGUUAAUCAUUAUCUAGAACUUAUUAGCCUGCAUCACAGACGAAACUAAACUCGGGUUAAGUCUGUCUUCAAAAUAGUGCUGAGGAUUUGAGUACGUGCCAUGAUUGGCCUGCUAGUCAAGAUGAAAGGAAAUUUGAAAUGCGCUUCCAGUAAUUUUUGGAGUCUGUUGGGCACUCAGAACAAGGAUAUCGGUGCUGCUUUGCGCAGACGACACUGAAUGAGGUAAAAUUAUGUUUGCAACACAGGCUAGAAUUUAUUAGACAGUUUUGGCUUUUUGACAAAAGUCUUCGUCAAUUACACUGGGAAUCCUUUACCCCUCAUUGUCCUCCUACUGGCAGAUGACCCCAUCUUAGGUUACCCCCUCUAAAAUUACUAGAAAUCAACUAAUUAUCCCAUUCGCCCCUGAACCGCCCAUAACCGCCCAUGCGGAUCCAGAUCCUUUCUACCCUUUGUGACGUCAUCAGUUUUAACGGUCAAGGACAACUUUCUUCGCUAACUUGUGCAGAGUGAAGAGAUUAUUCAAACCAUACCAGAAUGAGCACAAUUCAGUCAAGGACACCGGAGAAAGAAGCAAAAAACCACGUGACAAGGACCUGAAGAACGCAAUGACCUAGAGUAUGUUUUAAAAUUCAAAAGGUCAGAAAUGUCAAAAGUCAAGACUGCUGUGUCACUUUUAAACCCAAAAACGAAAUUUUGUUUUCUGCGCAUGCCCGAACUUCGCAAGCUGAUAUUUUGCAUCUGGAUCAGAAGGCCGCCACGUGUACGACCUGUAAACCGGUUUGUGGUAAGUUUUAGCUCUUUAUAGCACGACAGUGACCAGAAAACCACUCGACUAGCUUCAAAACGCGUUUUUCGGCAAAAUCUCCAGGAGCGAAUGGGUUAAUGACUUGAACCAUAAACGAAGAAUAUUAUUUUUAAUAGACUCACCUUUGAAUUUACAACUAGAUGUAGUAUAAUAUGCUUUUCUUUUUGUCAUUAUUGUUUUCUAAACAGAAUAAAUGACUUUGAUGGCAAGACUCCUUUUGAUUUCAAAAAUUGUUGCAGUGUAACACAUAAUAAGCAUUUAAGUAAGUUAAGUGGUUACAUCUGACUGCUAUAGCCGGGGGUAUAGAAUGGUAAAUUUGAGACUUUUCGAGACUGCGAGACCCCCGUUUGAAAAUUCGAGACCAAGACUAUAAUGUUUUUAUCAAAUCCGAGCCCAAGAAAACGUUAAUGGCAGCUAGCCAAAACCCACCAAUAUACUGCUUGUUUAACUGUCUUAAUCUACUAGCCCACUUUGAUUUGCUGUACCUAUGAACUCUAAAACGUUAGACUCCUGAAGACCAAGCGGAAAAAAUCCAAGACUCUAAAACCCCUUGGUAAAAAAUUUGACACUCCGAGAUGCAAAAUCAUCCGAAAACGAGACUUCAAGACCCAUCAAAAACAUUUCCGAGAUUUCAAGAUCGGGCCAAAAUUUUCAAAGGCACACGUUUUGGGAGUUACCAUUCUAUACCCCUUGCUAUGUACAGUUACAAGAUGAAUCAUGAUUGGCUUAGCUGUUGAUAAUAUGAUUUCUUCACUUCAACAUUUUCUGUGUAUUUCUUUCUUUCUAGUAACACUUUUAUCCCUUUUGUUGACAUACAUCAUCACCACUGUGGUCUACAUAAUAUUUUCAGCAAAAGAUCUAUGGGAUUAUGCCUUUUUCAUCUUGCUGUGUCUUGUGCUGGUAGGAGUUUUUAUCAAUAUUGUAUUAGGCCUGAGCAACAGUAGGAGGGUAGUCUGA